AUCUUUGAGCUCGCCGAGUAGACAUCAUGAGCAAAGCUCACCCUCCCGAGUUGAAGAAAUUUAUGGACAAGAAGUUAUCAUUGAAAUUAAAUGGUGGCAGACAUGUCCAAGGAAUAUUGCGGGGAUUUGAUCCCUUUAUGAAUCUUGUGAUAGAUGAAUGUGUGGAGAUGGCAACUAGUGGACAACAGAACAAUAUUGGGAUGGUGGUAAUACGAGGAAAUAGUAUCAUCAUGUUAGAAGCCUUAGAACGAGUAUGAAAAAUGGCUGUGUUCACCAGAGAAAUCAACUGCUUCCACGGGUCCCUCCUCCAUAUUUUACUGCGAUAAAAAUUGGGUCGUAUACAUUUUCUUACUGAACUUUGUUAAAUAAACUUUUAUA